AUGUCCUCAGCCGAAGUCGCCCUAGUAAUGGGCGCCUCUCGAGGUAUUGGCCGUCAAAUCGCCAUUGACCUAGCACGAAACAACUACAAUGUAAUGCUAGCAGCAAAAACAACGUCAGAUGAGAACGUAACACCAUUCCCACCAGAUCCCAACUCAUCGCUUUCAACAAUCAACACUGUAGCGAGGGAGAUUCGCGAAGCAGGCGGCCAAGCCGGCACAGUAGCCGUGGACGUUCGAGACGCAACACAGAUCCAGCAUGCCGUCGAAGAGACGAUCCGGGUCUUCGGCAAGUUAGAUGUAUUGAUCUACAACUCCGGUGCGAUAUGGUGGUCUUCCGUCGAGGACACGCCUCUCAAGCGGUUCAAACUCAUGCAACAGGUCAACCCGGAGGGUUUGUAUGCGACAGUCCAGGCGGCAUUGCCUAUCUUCAGCAAGAACGGGUGGAAGGGGAGGAUUGUGGUUGUUUCUCCGCCGAUUUAUUCGCGCUUUUUCAGAGGGAAGACGGCCUAUGCUAUGGGCAAGGUUGGCAUGAGUGUAUUGGUGAAAGGUCUCGCUAUGGACUUUGUGCGUCAAGGCCGAAAUGAAAUGGCGGUGACGAGCAUCUGGCCGGCAUCGUCGAUUGAGUCUGCAGCUACAGAGCAUAACAAGGCAUCUGACAAGUCUUAUAAGAAAGAUUUGCGAAAACCAACUAUCUUUUCAGAUGCCAUUCUGGCUAUGCUGAGAGCCCCGCAUCAUGUAGUGAAUGGGCUUCUGGAUACGGAUGAGGAUUUCUUAAGAGAGAAAUGCGGUGUCUCUGAUUUCUCUAAGUAUUCUGUUAUCCCGGGUUCUACGCCUCGACGGAUCAUGCCAAGUCAGUUCCCAGUACUUGAGGUUGCAGAGCAGGAUGAUGAGGGGCAGCGCAUGGACAGCACGAAAUUGCGGGCUAAGAUCUAG